AGCACAGCAAACGAGUUUGAGAGUAGUCGAAGUAUUUGUUGUCUUGUGGAAAAACGUGAAAAACAAUUUAUUUUUCCCCGAAAAAAAUACAAUUUUCCACCAAAAUAUCUGUGAUAAAAAAUGCGUUAAAGGUCUUUUCUAAUUCAUAUCAAUUGAAAUAAUUUCCGGUUGUGGCAGAAUCGUGCAUAAUUAACUGGGCAGAGUGCGAAAAUGCGGAAAAUGCCAUAAAUUCCUUCAUUCAUCCCGUAGAAUUUAUAAAUUGGUGUGUGAAAGGACAAGGAAAAUUAUUUUGUGAAUUAUUUCAACAAUAUGCCAAGUCAAACUGCGAUGGAGAGGAAAGUCCUGUAUGCCUUCCGUGGGUGGAUCGCGUUCAUAGCUUUCAUGGACUUUGGCACGGCAAUUCGAUGCUACAUUGAACGACGGAGCUUCCUUGGGGACCACAUGGAUACGCAAUAUAUUGAAGGUGACUUUACGGUGUCCCGAAUCCUUGGCAUGUAUUGCAUUUUAAAGGCAAUGGCUCUGGUUCACUGCACCCUCUACAUUCACUACAAGCCGGUGGUCAGCAUGGGGGGCUGUGGAUUGGCAUUGACCAUGGUGCUAUACUUUACGGAGGCCUUGUAUUUUCGCUCCAGCACUUUCAAUUUCUACGUUACGUUUCCUUGCAUUUUGAACUUCAUCACCCUGGCAGGGCUAAUCUACAUACCCCGACGUCUGAGACUGUGGGACCCACACUCAGAUAUUGACGAUGAAAAUUCACAGCUUCUCAAGCAAAUGGGUGGUUUUAAGAAGAGACGUGGCUUGAAGAAGAAUUGUAUUAGUUAAAGCGGAAAAUUGAGCAAUGACUGCAAAAAGACGCUGAGUCAGUGAUAGCGAGAGGAACAAGUUUGCCGGGCGAUUAUUGCCAUUUCAGCUCUACAUUACAUUUUACCACACAAUUUUCUCUACGUAGCUUAGGGAUUGGGCAUUUAAAAUGCAUUUAUUCAGGUUUCUAAUUCGCGCUACAAAUUGCUCACACAUUAGACGAAUUAGAUGAAAACAUAAAUGAAAAUAAUUCGUACAGCUUUAUGCAGAACAUUAAAAAAAAAACAAAAUAGUCCGCAAAUUGAUAAUAAAUUCAUUAUUUUCUUGGCAAUAAACUCUGUCCAUUGGAUAGUAUAUGUAGCUACCAACAUUUUUAUGAUGAACCAGACAUGCGUCAGUGUCUCAAAGUAUAGAAGGACUAAAACGCUAUAAAGCGAUUUACAAUUUUAUUAACAAUGAAUUAAUCAUUUUGUAGUUAAUUUUAUCCUUUAGAAGGAUUAUUCUUUAAAGAAAAUGCAUAACUUUUGAAUUAAUCAUGACAAUUUGUGAUUGAAUAUUUAUUGAUAGAAUUUAAUGAGAUUUUCAAAAUGCUGGAUUAGUAACUAGCAUAACUAGUCAAUCUAGUCAUUAAAAGUAAUAUCCGUAAGGACAUAAUAAUAUAGAGAAAUUAGACUUUCAACCAUUAUACAUACAUAUUUAUUAAAAGUAAAAAAUAUCAAUUAGGAAUUUAAAAAUAAAAAUGAAAUCCCCCACUGGCGAACAUUUUUCUGCACAUAAAUAACAUUUUCUUCCUUACAAAAAUCUUCACAAUUUUUAUAUUUAGUAGCGAGAUUAUAAAGAACCUCCAGAAAACGAAUUACAAUUCUAGACAAAAAAUGUAAUAUUCAAAGGAAUUCAAUCAAUAAAAAAAACUUUAAAUUAG